GCACACUAGUCUCAGGUCUGGUUUCGUCUGGUACAGCAGUAGUAGUCUGGCGUGAGUGGCGCUGCAGGAGCUCCACCUUGCAGUAUUUUGGCACCGAUUCCAGGCUUCCAGAGUGGUCCAGGUCACAGGCAGUAGAGGGGUUAGGUCGUGAGGGCGUGGCAGUGGUCGUGACACAAGGAGCAGCAAGUGUUUGUGUUCACCAAGAGACAGCCCAACAGGAGUGAGGCUUGAUGGAGGAGCUGCAGCCACUGUACGUCAGCCUCGCCUCAGAGGUUGACGACCCACAAGUGACUGUCAUCUCCAGCCAGUGCAUGAAUUGUCACGAGAUGGGCACGACACGUCUACUCAUGACUCGCAUCCCACACCUGAAAGAAGUUAUCCUGACGUCCUUUGAGUGUGAGCACUGUGGGGAGAGGAACACCGGCUGCCAGAUGGGGCGGUGGCAGGAAAAGGGAGUGCGUUAUCAGCUGCAGGUGAGGGACGAGAGGGAUCUGAGUCGCCAGGUGGUGAAGUCUGGUGAGGCCACUGUGUGUAUACCUGAGGUAGAGCUGGAGAUUCCCCCCAACAAGGAGAAGGGAGAGGUGACCACGGUGGAGGGCAUCCUGCGGCGCACCAUGGAGGGACUCAACCAGGACCAGUCAGCGCGCCGCCUGGAGGACCCCGACACAGCACUCAGGAUAGAAAACUUCAUUGAUGAGAUAGAGAGACUCCUCACACCUGGCCAGCACUUCACCAUCAUUAUUGAUGACCCCACUGGAAACAGCUUCCUGGAGAACCCUAAAGCCCCGAAGGAGGAUCCACAACUGAAAAGAACAGUCUACAAGCGAACCAAGGAGCAAAAUGAAAUUCUUGGCAUCGCUGAUGAAGAGGAGGAGGAUGUAGAAGAGAGCACAGAGAUUAACAGAACACCAGAAGGAGAAGAGGAGGAGAGUGAGUUGUCCUUGACGGAGGAGACCACCAGCGAGGCCAAGGACGACCCAGAAAACCUCAAGGAUGACCCAGAGAACAUCAAGGACGAGGUGCUGGUGUUCUCAACGCUGUGUGACCGCUGCUCUCGGCCAGCCAGUACCAACAUGAAGGUCACGAAGAUACCGCACUUCAAGGAGGUGAUCAUCAUGGCCACAAGCUGCGAGGGGUGUGGGAACCGCAGCAACGAGGUGAAGAGUGGUGGCGGCGUGGAGAAGCUUGGCCGCCGCAUCACUUUAAAGGUCAAAGAAUCGUAUGACCUGGCCAGGGACGUGCUGAAGAGUGAGACCUGUGAGCUUAGUAUCCCUGAGCUGGACCUGGUGGUGGGGGGCGGACUCAUUGGUGGGAAAUUCACCACACUGGAGGGCUUGCUGAAGGACAUCAAGGAAGACCUGGAAAGCAACCCCUUCUUGACUGGGGACUCCUCCAGUAAGGAAAACCAGGAUGUUGUUGAGAAUCUCGUCUAUGACCUGCAUGAUGUGAUCAAGGGCAAGAGAGGUGUUACCUUCAUCAUGGAUGACCCAGCUGGAAAUAACUACGUGCAGAACCUGUACGCCCCAGAUGACGACCCUCAGUUGACCAUUGAGGAGUACGAACGCACAUACGAGCAGAACGAAGAGCUUGGCCUCAAUGACAUGAAGACCGAGAACUACGAGGAGGAGGCCGCUGUGAUAGCCCCUCCACAGGCCUCAUGAUGCCUCCUGCAGGCCUGUGUGGACUGGGAAGUGAGAGAGCAGUGUGAGGAGAGGAGAAAGGUGAAUGUGUACUAGCUGUGGGAGGAAGGAAUGUCUGUGUGACAGGUGAUGUGGGUGUGAAGGUUGUGUGUGUUCUUGGUGAGGGGGUGGAUUAUUUAGGGAGAGAGAGAUACAUAAUUAAUUAUAUUGGUUAUUUGUAGAUGUGACUAAUACAAAAAGGAAAGUAACAAAUGCACACAGGGGUUGGUUUAAGUAAAUCAACUGGAAUGUCAGACUUAGGUCAUCAUAUUUGUAAUGUAUACAUUAAACACACAAUCACUCAUAAAUGAAGCAACUUUCUUCUUGAGUAAGUGUAAAUCUAAAAAUUGAAGGAUGAUCUUAUCAAAGGAAUGCCUAGGUAUUAUUGAACGCAGUGUUAACUAUUAACAUAGUAAGUAAUACCCCAAACUUGUAUUUUCUUGCCUAGCAGUCAGAAUAGUAGUAUUAAACUGGCUACAUAAAAAAAAACAUCAUUUAUGCUCUCAAGUAAUCCUCUUAAUAUUCUCACUGAUGUCAAUAUUUUUAAGCUAUUUUACCUCAUUUUAUUUAUUUUCCCACCUCUACUUUUGUACUAUAGCCACAAAGUGAUCAUGAAGUAUAAAAUAGAAGUAAAAUUUAUUAUUUGGUAUACCCAAUAGUUAUAAAGACCUCCCGAUAUCAUUUGAAGAAAAGAGUGUUACUUCACUAAUAUUUGCCAAAAUCCAUUUUUCCUUUUAUAGUCUCUCCUAACCUAGCCAGGCUGUCAUCCCUUUAAAAUUAUGUCUAUGCAUUGAUUGCCACAACUUAAAAAUGUAUUACUUGCAUGGUCAUGACUCAAUUAAGCAGAAUCUAGUAUUAUCGCAUUGAUUUUCAAUGCCAAUUGACUUCAUUAAGACGGCCAUACACUCAACUGUUACAAUCUUGAGAUUUUGUCAUGGAAUAUGAAACAUUACUAAAAAUUCCUAAUUAAGAAAUGUUGGUAUAAAAAUAGUUUUAUAUUGCACUAUUACUUAAUUUAGUAUAGCUUAAAAUCAGUGGAAUUUUCACUUGUUUUAAAGAAAGAUCAUACUGCACAAAUAUCUGGAUUUAGUUAGAUCUUUAUUUGGGAGGAUAUUUAAUUAGCUUAACAAUAAUUUUUUGUGAUAUUCUUUUCAAGCAGUCAUGUUUUAUACUCACAUUAAAAAAUCUUGACAGAAUAGCAUGUUACAAGAGUGACUGUACAGAAGCCGUCUUGAAGAAGUCAAGUCCAUUAAGAGAAGUGUUCACAAGAAGGAAUAACUUUUUGAUUUGUCAAUGUUACAAUGAGACAGUGGUUAUUACAAUAAAGGCCUGCCACACCACAAUUUACAAGACAUUAAAUGACUAUGACUUAGAAUUGGAAUUGUGUCAACUGUAACAAAAGUCCAGUUUAAAACUCAAUGGGAUGGAAAAGUUCACAACUCCCCAAGAACUUCAACACCACACACUUGAAGCAUUGAACAGGUGUGAAUCAAAUCAAUGUUACUCCUUUUUAAGUUGUCGAUAUGAAGUGCAGUAUGAUUUAAAGUUAAAUCAUGUUGGUGGUUGGGUUGUACUCUUUAUAACCUGCCUCCUUCAACAGCUUCCUUGUAACUACAACUUCAUAACUCUAACUUGCUUUCUUGUAAUUCCUACAAGAUUCUCAAAUACAACUUACUCUUACUCAACUAAAAAAGAAAAAAAGAAAAAAAACUUGCAUGAGCUAGAAAUUCUAGGUUACAAGAAAACUGUUUAUGUGGCAUCCUUGUGAAUGUUCCUUAAGAUUAUAGGCAUACAAUAUCAUACAAACCAAACAGGUGUCAAGUAGCAUCCAUCCUGUGUAGCCCCAGUAACUCCUAAUCAAGAGGUGGCUGAUGGUUCACUAGGGAUUUCAUGAUGCCACUUGCAAACUUAUGUUGAGAAGUAGCUCAUUUCUGAAACCAUGAAAUAUGAGUAAUGUGUAAGGACCUGCUUAUCUGUAAACACAUCAAGAUGUUUAGAUUCUUACUACUAAAUAAUUCACUCCCUGAAGAACAUUGAACUUAGUAUUUAUGCAGUAACUCCUUGGAGUGACUGUUCCUUGCAGACUGUGAUUGGUUGAAUGUUAGAGAAUUUCACUUGCUAAUCAGACCUGAUUCAAGAUGAAAUCCAGAACUGGAUGAAAGAGAUUCUUCUUGGUUUGCUUUGUGUGGCACAUAGUUGGGGCAGUGUUCCUGACACCACUGUCACCCUGAACUAAUGAUCCCCAUGUAUGAUGUUUGAAAGUAGCUUAACAUUAACAGCUGCUUUGAUGAUCUUUGAAGUGAGGCACAUUGCUUGAGUUGUGUAGGUAAGACAAGUAUGUGGUGGCGAGGGAAAACAACGCAUAGAAUAAAAUACUACAUUUCAUUCAGUUUCUUCUCACCACCACAUUCAAUGUUUGAUUUGAGUGUAUUCAUUAAGCCAUCCUCUGCCUGCCUGGUGCUUCCUGUCCAAUGUUCAUUAAGCUAUGGACUCGUUAUGCAUUCCAGGACCACAUUCAAAAAUGUUUUGGAAGCUUUUCUUAACUACCUUUAACAGGCUGUAUUGAAAGUUAUUGGAAUUUUCUUGUGUGCUUGAUUCUAGAGAUUGUUAAAUAAGGAUUCUGCAUUAAUAAAAAAACAACAGGUGAUAAGGUCAAGUAAUUUCUGUGGUCUUUGAAAGCAGCCCUGAUAAAAAGCACCAAGCAUUUCAGAAUACAAGUCUCGGAUAUGCUUCUAAUGCACACGCACACGCGCGUGCGCGCGCGCACACACACACACACACACACACACACACACACACACACACACACACACACACACACCAAAUACUUCUGCCAGAAUUAUGGUAUAUGUAUCUCAGAGUAUCAUGCUUCAGUAGUCAUCUAGCCAUUAUAUCACAUCCAGAGAGAAUAAAGCAUUCAUUCAUAUCUUAUGUAUAUUUGUUGUUUAUCUGUUCUAUGAAAUAUAUACUGUCAUUCAUGUAUCAUGGUCAGUAAUAAAUUCAUGUCUCAUA